AGCUUUUUAAAAAAUAAAUUUCGAAAGGAAAAUAACGAAAGUUUUAAUUUUAAAGAAAACGGUCGAAUCGGUUCUUGUUUUCGAAAUUUCGAAGUUAAUUGUUAGCCAUUCAUACAAUGAGUCACCAAGGAACUUAUACGAACAAAAGUCUUCAGAUAUAAAUUAUUGUGACCUAACUUUCGGAAAUAAAAAUUUGUUCGUUUAAAGAAAAAAAGAAUGAAAAAAAGUAUUAAAUUCUGUUUGUCUCAGAAGUUCUUUAUGUUCUCUUAACUGCAUUUAGUUUGUGCUUUUUCACAAACCAAUCCUAAUCCUGCCACUAUUUGAAAUAUUGUUAACAAAGCUAAAUAGAUCAAUCAAAUGUUUACAAACUCCUGUAAUUUUCAUUGUCUUAUUCCCAAAGAUAGUGGAAGCGAAAGUGAAAUGUUAUCUCCAAGCAUGAAUCAUAGAGAGCCAGUAAUUCUGAAUGUGUAUGAUAUGUAUUGGCUUAACGAUUAUACGACGAAUUUGGGAAUAGGAGUUUACCAUUCUGGAGUAGAAAUCUAUAAUACUGAGUUUGCAUACGGUGGUCACUCAUUUGCUUUUAGUGGAAUCUUUGAAAUAACUCCUCGGGAACAUAAUGAACUAGGCGAACAAUUCCGCUUUAGACAAAGUGUUCAAAUUGGAUACACAGAGUUUACCGAAGAAGAUGUGAGAAGAAUAGUUGAAGAAAUUGGAAACCAAUUUCGUGGAGAUAAAUAUCAUCUGAUGAACAACAACUGUAAUCACUUUUCAUCUGCUUUGACUCAAAUACUUUGUGGACAAGAAAUUCCUAGUUGGGUAAAUAGACUUGCACAAUUUUCAUCGUGCGUGCCAUUUCUUCAGCGUUGUCUUCCAAAAGAAUGGUUAACACCCAAUGCCUUACAAUGUUCAAUUCAAACAGCGAUAAGAGAUCGAGACUCUGACUCAAGUCCACUCUGAAAAUGAUACUCUUUAUUUUAUGAUUCCCAAAGCUUUCUAUCUUUAAUUAUAAUUAAUAACAAUAACAUCCCAUCCAGAUUAGUUAGAUAUUAAUCUCAUGGAAUGAUGAGACUUGUUGAAGAGACGAGAAAGAUAACAACGAUUGCUCAUCGUUAUAGGCCAAUUUCGUUUAUUAAUGAUUAGAAAUGUUGGUUGGUAUUUUCACUAAACACUUAAACAUUAAUAAGUCUAAGGAAAUAAUAGUGUAGUUAUUUAUUAUUAAUACAACUUCUUAUAUUUGACGCACAUCUUGAGUCAUGAGUAGAAGCUUUUUCUUGUAAUCUUACCUACUUAACAUUGAUUGUAAUUGAUCAAAUUAAUACCAAGUUUUGGUGUGAAAAUUUUUCAUAAUUGAACUCAUUCUUUAAAACAAUGUAAUAGAUAAAAUUAUUACAAAACUAAAUAAAUUGAAACUUUAAAUGAAAUUUAAAUUCAAC